CAAAGGGAAGAUGCCAGAGCCCGUAAAGAAAACAGUUUCUGCAUUUACCAAGAAGCCAAAGACAACAGAGGUGACAGCCGGAAACACAGCUGUGUUUGAAGCAGAGACAGAAAAAUCUGGCAUCAAGGUGAAAUGGCAGCGAGCUGGCACAGAAAUUACUGAAAGUGAAAAAUAUGUCAUCAAGACAGAAGGCAACAAGCAUUCACUGACAAUCAAUAACGUAGGAAAAGAAGAUGAUGUGACAUAUGCUGUAAUAGCUGGAAGUUCCAAGGUCAAAUUUGAACUCAAGGUCAAGGAACCAGAAAAGAGUGAGACAGUCACUCCUGCAGAAGCUGCUCCAGCCCCAGCUGCCCUAGAGUCACCUGCUCCACCAGCAGAAAGCAGCCAAAACACACAAGUUUCAUCAGCUGAGACACACUCAGAAGAACCUCUGGACCCCAUUGGGCUCUUUGUGGCACGACCACAGGAUGGAGAAGUUACUGUUGGUGGAAACAUCACAUUCACUGCCAAAGUAGCUGGUGAGAGCCUGCUGAAGAAGCCAUCAGUGAAAUGGUUCAAAGGAAAGUGGAUGGACCUGGGAAGCAAAGUGGGGAAACAUCUCCAGCUACGUGACAGUUAUGAUCGAAAUACCAAGGUGUACACCUUUGAAAUGGAAAUCAUAGAAGCAAACAUGACUUUUGCAGGAGGGUACAGAUGUGAGGUGUCUACCAAGGACAAGUUUGAUAGCUCUAAUUUCAGCCUGACAGUCAAUGAAGCACCUGUAAGUGGAGACUUGGACAUCCGAGCUGCCUUCCGCCGCACUACUGAAGGACAUGAUGAUGGGGCAGAGUUUAAUUUCAGCUCCCUACUGAAAAAAAGAGACAGCUUCCUGCGCCCUUCCAACCGAGGUGAAGGAAAAUCUGAAUCACAAUCUGAUGUUGAUGUCUGGGAUAUCCUGAGGAAAGCUCCUCCUACGGAAUAUGAGAAAAUUGCUUUCCAGUAUGGUAUCACAGAUUUGCGUGGGAUGCUGAAACGCCUCAAACGCAUAAAGAAGGAAGAGAAAAAAAGCACAGCAUUCCUCAAGAAACUGGAUCCAGCUUACCAAGUAGACAAGGGGCAAAAGAUUAAAUUAAUGGUUGAAGUUGCCAAUCCAGAUGCUGAUGUGAAAUGGCUGAAGAAUGGACAGGAGAUCCAAGUGAGUGGCAGCAAAUAUAUUUUUGAGGCUGUUGGGAAUAAGAGAAUACUGACCAUAAACCACUGCUCCCUGGCUGACGAUGCAGCAUAUGAAUGUGUGGUAGGGGAUGAGAAGAGCUUCACAGAAUUAUUUGUAAAAGAACCUCCAAUCCUGAUCACUCACCCACUGGAGGACCAGAUGGUGAUGGUUGGAGAGAGAGUGGAAUUUGAGUGUGAAGUGUCUGAGGAAGGAGCUACUGUGAAAUGGGAAAAGGAUGGAAUUGAACUGACACGAGAAGAAACAUUUAAAUACCGAUUCAAGAAAGAUGGAAAAAAGCAGUAUCUCAUUAUUAAUGAGUCUACCAAGGAGGACAGUGGACACUACACUGUGAAGACCAAUGGUGGGGCAUCAGUCGCUGAACUGAUUGUGCAAGAGAAAAAGCUGGAAGUUUAUCAGAGCAUUGCAGACCUGACAGUGAAGGCACGUGACCAGGCAGUCUUCAAGUGUGAAGUUUCAGAUGAAAACGUGAAAGGAAUCUGGCUGAAAAACGGAAAGGAGGUGAUCCCAGACGAAAGGAUAAAGAUCUCCCAUAUUGGCAGAAUCCAUAAGCUAACUAUUGAGGAUGUAACACCAGAGGACGAGGCUGAUUAUUCCUUCAUUCCUCAAGGAUUUGCUUAUAACCUUUCUGCCAAGCUUCAGUUUUUGGAGGUCAAGAUAGAUUUUGUACCAAGAGAAGAACCCCCGAAAAUCCACCUUGACUGUCUGGGCCAAUCCCCUGACACUAUUGUCGUGGUGGCUGGGAACAAACUGAGGUUGGAUGUUCCUGUAUCAGGAGAUCCAACGCCCACUGUCAUCUGGCAGAAAGUGAACAAGAGAAACGACCUGCUUCGAAACAGUGAUGAUUCCAUGACUCCCUCAGAAAAUAGCAGUGAUUUAAAUACCGAUAAUAAGCUCCUGUUUGAAUCUGAAGGCAGAGUCCGUGUGGAGAUGCAUGAAGACCAUUGUGUCUUCAUUAUUGAAGGGGCAGAAAAAGAGGAUGAGGGAGUUUACAGAGUUAUACUUAAGAAUCCAGUUGGAGAAGAUAAGGCUGAUAUCACAGUCAAAGUUAUUGAUGUUCCUGACCCUCCAGAAGCUCCCACAAUCAGCAACAUUGGAGAAGAUUACUGCACUGUGCAGUGGCAACCCCCUAAAUACGAUGGUGGGCAACCAGUACUCGGCUAUAUUUUAGAGAGAAAGAAGAAGAAGAGCUAUCGAUGGAUGAGGCUGAACUUUGACCUUUUAAAGGAGCUGACCUAUGAGGCCAAGAGGAUGAUUGAAGGAGUGGUUUACGAGAUGCGGAUUUAUGCUGUGAAUUCCAUUGGCAUGUCCCGGCCCAGCCCUGCCUCACAACCCUUCAUGCCAAUUGCUCCUCCAAGUGAACCAACCCACUUCACAGUGGAGGAUGUUUCUGACAGCACUGUUUCCUUGAAGUGGAGGCCCCCUGAGCGGAUUGGGGCUGGGGGAUUAGAUGGUUACAUGGUGGAAUACUGCAAAGAUGGAUCUACAGAAUGGAUUCCUGCCCUUCCUGGCCUAACCGAGCGCACGUCUGCACUGGUUAAAGAUCUGGUCACAGGGGACAAACUUUAUUUCCGUAUCAAGGCUGUAAACCUGGCUGGUGAGAGUGCAGCAGCAACAAUAAAAGAGCCAGUUACUGUUCAAGAGAUCCUGCAGCGUCCCAAAUUCUGGCUGCCACGCCACCUCAGACAGACUCUGGUGAAGAAAGUGGGUGAAACAAUCAAUAUUGUGAUCCCUUUUCAGGGUAAACCAAGACCCAAAAUCACUUGGCUGAAAGAUGGUCAAACUCUAGACUCCAAAGAUGUGGGAAUUCGGAACAGCAGCACGGACACAAUCCUUUUCAUCAGAAAAGCAGAGCUUCAUCACUCAGGAGCAUAUGAAGUCACUCUUCAGAUAGAAAACAUGUCUGAUAAAGUUGCAAUAACAAUACAAAUCAUAGAUAAGCCUGGUCCUCCUCAGAAUAUAAAGCUUGUAGAUGUUUGGGGAUUUAAUGCAGCCCUGGAGUGGUCACCUCCCCAGGACGAUGGCAAUGCUCAGAUCUUGGGCUACACAGUUCAGAAAGCUGACAAAAAAACAAUGGAAUGGUACACGGUUUUUGAUCACUAUCGUCGCACAAACUGCAUCGUGUCAGACCUCAUUAUGGGAAAUGACUAUUUCUUUAGAAUCUUCAGUGAAAAUUUGUGUGGAUUGAGUGAAACUGCUGCAACCACCAAAAAUCCUGCCCAUAUCCAAAAAACAGGCACCACUUACAAACCCCCUUGUUACAAAGAACACGACUUCUCGGAAGCCCCCAAAUUCACCCACCCUUUGGUGAACCGCUCUGUGAUCGCGGGCUACAACACCACUCUCAGCUGCGCUGUCAGAGGCAUCCCCAAGCCAAAGAUAUUCUGGUUCAAAAACAAAAUGGAUCUCUCUGGGGAUGCCAAGUACCGCAUGUUCAGUAAGCAGGGGGUGCUGACCCUGGAGAUCCGCAAGCCCACUCCCUUUGACGGAGGCAUUUACACCUGCAAAGCUGUCAAUGAGUGUGGUGAAGCUGAAAUAGAGUGCAGGCUGGAUGUCAGAGGUAAUCAGAUGAACCCUAUGCAUAACCCUAACACUGCAAGGAAGAGAGACUAA